AUGCAAAAAACGAAAGUGAAUGAGUAGUUUCUGGAGAAACAUGUGUUUAAAAGAGUUGUGAUUCAGCAGUUUCUAUUGUAACUGAUUUAGCUAGAGGCUAAGCAGUUUCAAUAAAUUAUGCUCCUAGAGCAGGAGGAUGUUAAAUCAGAGUUAAUUGUGCUUCAUAUGCAGUUCAGCGUAUUCUAUUUGCUGCUUGUAGUUCAUAUAUAAAUGAAGAAUAAUGCAAGAAAAAUGCAAAAGAGGAGAAUUGUGUUUUGAAUACAACUCUGUUCCAGCUACUUGUGCUACUGCUCCAAAUGUAUCCUAUAAUGAUCAUGAUGGAUGUCGAGGAUAUCUAGCUGGAUGUACAGUAAAUGUUGUUGAUGUCAAUGGAACACCAACACUUUAAGGAUGUGUAGCAUAUAAAACAUGUAGUUCAUGCACUCAUGAAGGAUAAUGUAAGGUUAGUAGUGAUAUGGAUGACAAAGAUGCAAACGUGCAAACAUUUAUGCGGAUGGAAUGGAAUUACUUAUGCCAAUAAGAGUUGCUUAACAGCCUAGUAAACUGUGAACACUCCAACUUUACGUAAGGAUUAUUUAGCUGGUGACACUGUUAAUGUAACAGAUAAUGGUUGUGUUGUUAUAUCCGAUUUCUAUGAAGGAAUGACAUAAAAUCAAUGCUAUGAUGGAUCAGUAGACAAAUCAUAAAGAAAAUGCUUCUGGGAUACAGUUGAAGGAAAGUGCAUAUAACAAAGAAAUGUGAAAAUUCACCAAGCUAUGGAUCAGAAUCAGUAUGUGACCUUUAUUUAACUAGUUGCACUACCGAAACUAUUAGUUGGAAGACCAAAAUAUACGAAGAUUUUCAAUUAUCAGCUGAUGCUUUAUGUAAAGCAGCACUCUCUACUUGGACAUCAAAUGAAGUUAAUUGUGUGAAAAGAGGGUACUGCAAUUAAACAUUAGCUGCACAACUGGAUGUAUUCCAUUGGCUGCUUGUUAAACAUAUACCCAAAAACUAAUGUUUCAGAAACAAGGACUGA